CCUAAUUUCCAUCAUCAUCAUCAUCAUCAUCGAAGAGCCAAGAUGGCGGCCUCCAUCCGAGAGAAACAAACAGCUGCCUUGAAGAGAAUGCUGAAUUUCAACGUCCCACCUUUGAAAAAUACUGCUGCUGAGCCAGUAUGGAAGGUACUGAUUUAUGACAGAUUUGGCCAGGACAUAAUCUCACCUCUGCUUGCUGUCAAAGAGUUAAGAGACAUGGGCAUCACUUUACACCUGUUGCUACAUUCAGACCGAGAUCCUAUCCCCGAUGUUCCAGCCAUAUACUUUGUUAUGCCCACAGAGGAAAACGUUGACAGGAUAUGCCAAGACCUUCGUAACCAGCUUUAUGAGUCGUACUACUUGAACUUCAUCUCGGCGAUUUCCAGAAGCAAGCUAGAAGACGUUGCCAGUGCAGCUCUUGCAGCCAACGCAGUGAAUCAGGUCACCAAGGUGUUUGAUCAGUAUUUGAACUUUAUUACACUGGAAGAUGACAUGUUUGUCCUGUGCAAUCAAAAUACAGAGCUCAUUUCCUACCACGCAAUUAACAGACCUGACAUAAUGGACACAGAUAUGGAGGCCAUCAUGGACACCAUCGUAGACAGCCUUUUCUGCUUCUUUGUAACACUGGGUGCUGUCCCUAUUAUCCGCUGCCCAAGAGGGAAUGCAGCGGAAAUGGUGGCUAUGAAACUGGACAAAAAACUGCGCGAGAACCUACGAGAUGCCAGAAACAGCCUGUUCACCGGAGACACUGUGGGUGCCGGUCAGUUCAGCUUUCAGAGACCUCUGUUUGUCCUUGUUGAUCGUAACCUAGAUUUAGCCACCCCUCUUCACCACACAUGGACUUACCAGGCCCUAAUCCAUGAUGUUCUGGAUUUCCACUUGAACAGGGUAACAAUAGAAGAGUCUGUCGGACCUGAGACUGGAGCCAGACCCAAGAAGAAGAAUAAAAAAAACUAUGACCUCACAGCUGCUGACAAAUUCUGGCAGAAACACAAGGGCAGCCCUUUUCCUGAGGUAGCAGAGUCUGUGCAACAGGAGCUCGACACAUACCGGGCCCAGGAGGAUGAGGUCAAACGGCUCAAGAGCAUUAUGGGUUUAGAAGGAGAAGAUGAAGGUGCCAUUAGCAUGUUAUCGGAUAAUACAGCAAAACUCACUUCAGCUGUCAGUUCACUACCAGAGUUGCUGGAAAAGAAGAGGCUAAUUGACCUCCAUACCAAUGUAGCCACUGCUGUGUUGGACCACAUCAAGACCCGCAAACUGGAUGUAUACUUUGAGUAUGAAGAGAAACUCAUGAGCAAGUCCACUUUAGACAAGUCACUUCUGGACAUGAUCAGUGACCCAGAUGCUGGGACACCAGAGGACAAGAUGAGGUUAUUUCUGAUCUACUAUAUCACAUCACAGCAGCCGCCUUCAGAGUUGGACUUGGAACAGUACAAGAAAGCCCUGAUGGAUGCAGGCUGUGACCUGUCUCCCUUGAACUACAUAAAACAGUGGAAAGCUUUCACCAAAAUGGCUGCUGCACCAGCAAAUUAUGGGAACAGUGGAGUGAAGCCAAUGGGUUUGUUUUCCAUGGUAAUGAACACAGGUUCCCACUUUGUAAUGGAAGGGGUGAAGAACUUAGUGCUGAAACAGCAUAACCUGCCUGUCACUCGCAUCCUGGAUAACCUGAUGGAAAUGAAGUCCAACCUGGAAACUGAUGAUUAUAGAUAUUUUGAUCCAAAGAUGCUCCGUGGAAGUGAGAGCUCCAUCCCAAGAAACAAGAACCCCUUUCAGGAGGCCAUUGUGUUUGUGGUCGGAGGAGGCAAUUACAUAGAGUACCAAAACCUUGUUGACUACACAAAGGCCAAGCAAGGGAAGAGAGUGCUCUAUGGCUGCAGCGAGCUGUUUAAUGCUGCCCAGUUCAUGAAACAGCUUUCUCAACUUGGAAAGAAGUGAAAAAUUUUCUUCUUGGACUCCACAGCGAAAUCUAACUUCAAUCAAGACAUUUGGUAUUAUAGUUCACCGUGUCAAAGUUCCUUAACUUGUUGACAUCAGAAUUGUUUGUUGAACUGAAGAAACUGUACACCACUAAAUAUUUUGUUCCAUAGCUGUAUGUCUGCACUUAUUAAAGGCUAAACAUUUUAUGCAAGUAAGUUUUAUUUAUUUUUUGGAGUUCCCUUCCCAACAAGGAAAGGCAUCCAACAAUUAGCAGGAGUAAUAGCAACCAAGAAGUACAUUUGAAAGACUAAUGUGGAAGAGAAGCCAGAAGGUAAUAAGAGGAACGGAAGCAAAACUCAAUGUAAUUACACAAAGAAAAAAGCUCUGGAGGGUUCGAGGCCAAGUAGCUGUCCACUCCUCCUGGGUAUGCUAAUACAGGACAAUUAUAUGUUGUAUUAAAUAUGUUUAAUAUGUGGCUUCUGGAAUGAUCAGAUGGUCAACUGACCUCACCGCAACUGGUUGCCUGGGGGGGCUGGCAUGUCUCAACUCGGCAAAUUUCACAUCAGACAUGCAAACACCUGGGACUGUCAGAUGAGAGAAUAAUGGAUAAAUACGUCCCUAACAGAUUACUGUAAAACUGAGCCAGCAGUACAACAUAGAACUCUAUGUAUAAUCGCUAUACAGGUGCCAUGAAAUCAUUCCAGAAAGCUAGCAUUGCUGGUGCCCAUCACUAUAGUACCUAAAAAUGGGUCCAAAAAGUAUGUUUUUGAGUAGUGUGUGCUAUGAUAAAUAAAAUGAAUUCACUAUUAAAUCAUGUUUCUUAAUGGGAAAGUUCAGGUCACCGUAGCUUUUUCUGCUUGAAAUCACGGAAAAAGAUUUGAUUCCCAUAUUAAUGGUUCAGUCAAACGUCAGGCUUGGAUAGCUGCAGUAAUGUAGGAUGAAAAAAUGCCAAAAGAACAAAAUUAUUGUUUUUGGAUCACUUAGUCUGCAAGCAUUUCCUUAAGAAUAUAAUUUGUCAACCUUAAAUUUUUCCACAAAAAGUCGUGCA